AUGUUGUCGAUGAUUAACCGGAUCUUGGAUUGGUUCCGAAGCCUCUUUUGGAAGGAGGAGAUGGAACUUACUUUAGUUGGCCUCCAGAGCUCAGGAAAGACUACUUUUGUCAAUGUAAUUGCCGUAAGUCGUUAUUGCUUGUUAUGAUUUGUUUUUAGAGUGGCCAAUUUAUGGAAGAAGGGUCGAUUCCCACCGUCGGGUUUAACAUGAGGAAGAUCACCAAAGGAAACGUCACGAUCAAAGUAGGGCUUAAAAUACUUAUAUUGAUAUCAACUAGUUUCGAAAGAAAUAAGUAAUAUUUUUAGCUUUGGGAUAUUGGAGGUCAACCACGGUUCAGAUCUAUGUGGGAAAGAUAUUGCCGAGGUGUAAAUGCUAUUGUUUUCAUGGUCGAUGCUGCCGACGAGGAAAAAUUAGAAGCCGCCAAGAAUGAACUCAUGCAAUUAUUAGAGAAACCUCAAUUGGAAGGAAUCCCUGUCCUUGUCCUAGGUAACAAAAAGGACCUUCCAAGUGCGUUGGACGAACGGGAGUUGAUUGAGAGGAUGUAAGGUUUUUUUUGUUUUCUUUGAUUAUUGCUUUAGGUCUUUAUCUACCAUCCAGAAUCGAGAGAUUUGCUGUUACUCCAUUUCAUGUAAAAAUAAGUCAAAUAUCGGUAAGUAGGUUCGUCACGCUUGGUGGUGUUAGUAAUCUAAAACAUCGGUUAUCUUUUAAAUUAUACACUUGGGUGUUUUCUGGAGAUCUUUGGAGAAAAGUACAGUUGAUCUCUGCAGAAAAGUAGAGUUUCUCACUUGUAAUUCUCUUCUAAAGAAGUUCUUUUAGAUAUUACUCUACAAUGGUUAAUCCAGCAUUCCAAAAGUCAGCGUUGA